UUUGCUUCCAAAUGAGACAUCGUUGAGCACCUUUCUGCAACUAGAAAAACAAAUCUCGCUCUCAAAAACCAUAAUUCAUGGCUUCUUUCUUUCUCAAAAACCUCACUCGCAGUCUCAAGAACCCACUGAGGAUGAAUUCAUUUGGCCAACUUGCUGGCUUUCAAUUGAUGCAGUCUGCUCUGGUCCGAUCUCUGAGCACCAAGUCAGAAGACCAUGCUUUAAAUUUGCUCCAAUUCAAAGAAUACGCGGCUUCGAAGGUAAAAAUAGUGAACAGAGCACUAGACGAGGCAAUCCCCCUGCAACACCCAAUAGGGAUUCAUGAGUCCAUGAGAUACACACUUCUGGGAGGUGGAAAACGUGUCUGUUCAAUUGCUUGUAUGGCUUCAUGUGAAUUGGUUGGUGGUGAAGAAUCAUCAGUUAUUCCAGUGGCUUGUGCGGCAGAGAUGCUUCACGAUAUGGCAAUCAUUCAUGACGAUCUUCCUUGUAUGGACGAUGGAGAAAACAGGCGAGGCAAAAACACAAACCAUAAAGUAUUUGGUGAAGCAACAGCACUACUUGCUGGCGAUGCACUCCUCUCACUUGCCUUUGAGCACAUAGCGACCAACACGACUAAUGUCUCUCCUCGACUAGUUCUUCAUGCCAUUGCUGUGUUGAGUUCUGCAUUUGGGUCAAAAGGGUUGAUGGCAGGGCAGUUUUUGGACAUUCAAAGUGAAGGAAAAGAUUUAAAUUUGGAGGAGUUAAGGUUUCUUCAUGCGCACAAAACAGCUAAGCUUUUUGAGGCAUCAGCUGUUUGUGGGGCGAUAAUGGGAGGAGGAAGUGAGAUUGAUAUUAAGAAAGUUGGGAAUUAUGGAAGGCUUGCAGGGUUGGCAUUUCAAGUGGUGGAUGAUAUAUUUGAUGUGACAAAAUCUGCGGAAGAAUUGGGGAAGGAUGUUGGUAAGGAUUCCGUUGGAGAAAAGGCAACUUAUCCAAAGCUAAUGGGUCUUGAGAAUGCCAGCAAGUAUGCUAGCGAGUUGGUAACUCAAGCUACUGACGAGCUCGCACAUUUUGAUGCUGUAUUGGCUGCCCCAUUGUAUCAGUUAGCUCUUUACAUUGUUAAUAGGCCAAGAUAAAUUGUGCAUAAGAAAGUCCUAUCCAAAUAAUUUGUCGAGACCUACAAUAAACUUAUAAGGCACUUUGUUUUCUCUCU